UCCAGAAGCACAGAAUCACUAGCACAUUUUUUCCCACUCGAGACCCGACACUCGUGCACUUGUUCCACUGCCGCGACUCAAUCAAACACUGAUCAAUCCUCUGGGCGAUUCAGGGAGAACAAUCCUGGGGAGUGGAUCCACUGGGGUUUUGAAGCCAUUCUGGAGCCUCUCGACGCGGGGAGACGUAACUGUCAGUUGUCCAAGGUUACUGCGGCGUACGUGGAGGUUAUAGCGGGCAUUCGUCGCUUUGGUUAGGGCGCCGAGGUUACGUUGAAGUGCGUUGAAGACCGUUGGUGACCGUUGGGAGAGGGAGGGAGAGGCUCUCGCGGGAGAAAGAGGACUCCUGAUUUUUUGCCCUUGGAUUUUUGACUUUGCGAAGGGGUUGGCGAGACGUCUGCACGCGCGGGUGGUGCUGAGGGGCUUGAUGAGGUGUCUGUGGGUGAAUCGAGAGAUUUCGGUGGCAAUCAGAGGUGCGAUCGGACGUCGUAACGUUUUUUAGAGCCACGCUGCGGUGAUAAGCGUCGUAAAGAAAAUGCCAGAACCGUCGGGAGAACCGAGAAUAACAUCAAAGAAAUCCAUACUGAAGGCCUAUCGCCUCUUGCGAUCCCUGCAGCCGGCGAAGGCCGGAGAGCCGGCGAAAAAAGUCCUGAAACCGAGGAGAAGAAAGAGUGACGGCAAAGCUCAACGAGUCCUCAAGACCCUAGUCCCGAACUACCCCCCGAAUAUCAAGAGGUUCCCCUGGCACGACAUCUUCAUGAUGCAGGAGAUUCGCAGUGCCAUGGGGAAGCAGGACUGGAUCGCCCUGCAGAGGCUUUUCCCUCACUGUGGGACAGACGCCCUCGCCUUCCAGCCGAUGAGGUUCACUUACGCAUUUCUCUUGAGUCUCUGCAGCCACAUCAGCAAUGAGAACCACUUCAAGUCCUUCCUGGAGACGUGCAUCAGUCACGACGUCGUCGAGAGUGGAGUCUUGGAGAGGCUGAUGACGCUGCAGAGGACGUACCAUCGACAGACGAAACCUGCUGAGAGGGACUGAGGGCUGAGGUGAGGAGCCAGCGAUCGAGGUCCUCGUGGUGAUUAAUGUUCUGUACAUAAUUCAGUAGCGAAGUGGUAAAAGCGUUUCAGUCGACUUAUCCCCCAGUUGAGU